AAUAGAUGUUCUCACUUCCCAUAUUUUUUAAGGUAUACUUCAGCUAUAGGGAGGGGAAAUGCCAUCCACGUCAUAAAAGGCUAGUCUGACCUACCGUAAUCAUUCUUAAGAAAAACAUGCAAAGAGGAAACAGCUCCAUAUGAAAUGUGCGGCAAAUACAAACACACGGAGGAUUUCAUGAACAGCAGUUGCGCCUCCUAAACUUCCUGGAAGUCCACCAACUAUGGCAACACUCUCAGCCACAGUGGCUGCCAUGUCCCAUCAAGCUAACAAUACAACCUGUGACCUAUAUGAACAUAAGGAGUCGGCACGGAUCUUUCUACCUGCAUUUUACAGUGGUAUCUUCAUAGUUGGAAUACUUGGAAAUGGACUUGCUCUCACUGUGAUAAUUAAAAACAGAAAAAAGAUGAAUUCUACCACUAUUUACUCAGCAAAUCUUGUUGUGUCGGAUAUUCUUUUUACUACAGCUUUACCUACAAGAAUAGCGUACUAUGCACUGGGCUUCCAUUGGCCGUUUGGAGAAACAUUGUGCAAGCUCACAGCUCUUGUCUUUUACAUCAACAUUUAUGCAGCUGUGAACUUUAUGACGUGUUUGAGUUUUGACAGGUUUCUAGCUGUGGUUCAUCCUUUACGCACCAAGGUCAGAAGAGUGAAAUGUGCCACAUACAUUUGCGUUUUGGUGUGGUUUCUUGUACUCGGACAAACUCUCCCAUUACUUAUGCAUAUGAUGUCACAUGACGAAGGAAGUAAGAUAACAUGCAUGGAGUAUCCCAACUUUGAGAACAUGAUUGACAAUCUCCCUUGGAUCCUCCUUGGUGCCUGCUUACUGGGAUACAUAAUUCCCCUUGGGAUUACACUAAUCUGUUACUCUAAAAUUAGCUAUAAACUCUGUAAAACUGCAAAGGGAAACUCUAUCGCUGAAAAAUCAGGAACAAACAAGAAAGCGAUCAAUACUAUCAUUUUUAUCAUUGUCGUCUUUGUCGUCUGUCUCACGCCAUACCAUCUGGCCAUUAUUAUACACAUGAUUAAGAAGAUUGUGCUUCCUAUCAUUCCAUGCAGCCAGCAACAGCUCUUCCAGAAGACUCUCCAUUACACAGUAUUCCUGAUGAAUUUGAAUUGCUGCUUUGACCCUUUCAUCUAUUUCUUUGCGUGCAGAGGAUACAAAAGAACAAUAAUGAAAAUACUGAGACGGCAAGGAAGCGUAUCAGUAUCAAGUGCUGUCAAAACAGCUGCCGAUGAAAGCUCUCGUGACAUUGGAGACACACAGCUCUCUCCCCUUUCAACAUCUGGCAACUGGAAGCUACCGAAGGAACAUUUAGGCACAAAUGCUGCUUGAAGCAGAAACACUGAUAUCAGCAAAAACUCCUUCAAGAACUCCAUAGUGUGAAUCUUCUAGGAUUGGAGGGUCGGUGGAUCAUGUGGCACAUGCUGUAGCAGGCACAGCAAGAAAAUGAACAGCUAACAAUUACUUUGCUUUUUUUUACUUCGGUUUCACACAAUGUGUUUCGAACUGCUAGGUACCGCUCCGGCGGGAAGAUAACAACACUCCAUGUAAUCAUGCUGGCCACAUGACCUUGGAGAUGUCUAUGGACAACGCCGGCUCUUCGGCUUAGAAAUGGAGAUGAGCACCACACCCCAGAAUUGGACACGACUGGACUUAAUGUCAGGGGAAAACCUUUACCUUUUUUACCUUCACACAAUGUUGUCAUCACGGAGCAUAAGAAUGUCCUACGUAUUUUUGUUUUUCAAUCUUAGUAAGCCAAGUUGUUGAUGAAUGGCUUUAUGAAUUAGUUACCUAACAAAUAAAUAUAUAUUAGAUUGAAUGUCUCCACACAACCUUGAUUUCUAUGGCUGGAAUAUAGGAAUAUAGAUUAGGAAACAUUUGAUAUUGUUUGCCUUUUCAAAUGGUAUAACGAGGGAAAAAGGGGUUUUCAAGAGAAAGUAUCCAGACUGUGGUAUGUCCCUUUCAAUAUAUUUUUGAGGAUCAGAAGCACUGCUUCUUUUCAGUAUACAGUAAUAAGAGUUGUAAAUGUUUGUCAAUAUAUGGUAUUGGUAUCCCUAGGUUAAAUUCACCAAAUGGAGUCUCUCACUGGGUGAAACCAGGAACAACCACCACCAGUUCUGACCUCUAUCAUGAUGUUCAACUCACUCUUCACAGUUUGCAUGGGGUGUUUACACAAUCUCACCACAUGAUUUCUCAAUACCUAUGCAAGUAAUACAAGAGUAUGUUUUGUGAACAUCCAAUGUGUUACGCUGAGAUAGGCAACAAAGCAAUCAAAACAAAAGCAUCUGAAAACCAGGAUAUCACUCAGGAGACUUUUUCCUGCUAUAUAAGCAGUCUGCAGUCCAAGUAAAAAAAAAAGACCCCUCCUCUUCUAGCAUCCAAACAAUACAAAACUAUAAUGAUAUAAUAAACAAAAGGAAGGAGUGGGUGUGUGCAACGUCUCAGAAGUUCUUUGUUGUAAUAUGUAUUUACUUUACAUACUGGUUUGUUUUCAGUUCGCUUCCACUGUAUGACGUUUGUUUGUAUGCUUCUUGUACGUAUGCGCCUUCCUCUCUAAGGAGGAUAUUUCUUAGAUCAGGAUAAAGUGGUUUGUUUUGAAUCCUUAGCAUAUGUACAGACAGUUGUGUUUCUGCAGCAACCAAACUAAAAUGUUUUUGCUGGGAUGGGGAAAAGCCUCUGAAAUGCCAAAACUAACAAAUAUGCACAGGAAAAAGUUACCUCUUUAAGACUGGUGCUAUUGCAGACUUUUUAAAUGUCGGAUUAAAAACUGUCACCCCAAAUAAGUCUUUAAAUAUAUAUAUAUAUAUAUAUCUCAAUCAUAUGGUUUAUCAAUACAAAUGAGAAUUACUUGAGGUAUGGAUAACGUGUUUUUACAAGUGCUGUAGGCAAGAAUCCCUGCAAAAGAAAAAAUUAGAGGUGGGAUUCAGAUGGCACUACCUACUUGUGAUAUUUUUAGAAAAAAAUCAUAUUAAAGCUAACUGAUUUGUUUCAUUACACAAGUUGUCACACUGAUUUUAUAAAUAGAUGUAGAGUGGUACCUAAAAACAGUUGCUCUGUCACAAACAACAAAUAUGGGCAGCUGCUUCUGCAGGUGUGCAACACUGGGAGAGUUCAAAAGGACAGAAAUCAAUGCUCUUGACAAUUUAUUUGCAGUUUCUUCUUGUUUAACAACAAUGUGCAGCCAUGUACAACUCCCCUAUACAUUCAUGUAUAAGUCUAGACAUUUUAGUAAAAAAUCAACCCAAAAAACCUUGGACGAUUUAUUCAUGGGUGAAUGUGAGUACAAUCACAGAGUGAGAAGAGACCUCAUGGGCCAUCCAGUCCAACCCCCUGCCAAGAAGCAGUAAAAUCUCAUUCAAAGCACCCUCGACAGAUGGCUAUCCAGCCUCUGUUUAAAAGUCUCCAAAGGAGGAGCCUCCAUCACAUUUUGGGGCAGAGAGUUCCACUGCUGAACAACUCUCACAGUUAGAAAGUUCUUCCUAGUGUUAAGGUGGAAUCUUCUUUCCUGUAGGACUGUACCUUAAUUCUUAUCAAAAAAGAGGGCAUUCCAGGAGAACAUAAAGGAAGCGGUGACCUCUUUUAUUCUCUCUGUCAUGGUGACACUUCUGGCCUUUUUGAAUGGCUGGGCAGGAGAUGGUGGUGACAGCCAAGGACAGCUGGCCUCCUGAGGUUGCAUUAGUGUUUUCUGCAAAAUAACCCUCGACUUAUUAACAGGUCAUAUAAAAAUCCAACAUUUUGGCCCCAAAUCCCACCCUUGAUUUAUACACAAGGUGGCUUUUAUAUGAGCAUAUACGGUAGUUAGAAAGAAUUCCAUGUCAUCCUACUACUAGGUUUGAUAAAGUAAUACUUGCAAAAUAGACUAUUUUUAGCCUAUUGCCAGAUUCAAACAUGGACAUCAAAAAGCUCGUUCUCUGAAAAUAAUGUAAUUGUUUUCUCUUCUAGGGAUCAUAUAAGGGAAUAUAAACCAAUUAAAUUAUUUGCGGAGUCCAAUCAAUGUACUUUUCCAAGAAGGGUUAAGUCAACAAGUCUGGGUAAGGCAUCAGUUAUAGUCCAUGAUAAAAUACUUGUUUCAAGCAGUGCUGUAAUACUAAACUCCAUGCCAGUCUGAAAAUUACAAGCUCACAGAAUAAGGAAUAAUAUAAGUGGUUCUUUUUUGUUGAUUUGUUUUUUUACUACUGUUAUGGUCUUAACUGAUGUGUUAAUGCUUUUUAAUGUUUUAAUGUUUUUACGAUGUUGUUGGCAUUGAAUUGUUGCCUUUGAACCACCUCAAGUCGCCUGCGGGCUGAGAGGGGUGAUAUACAAAUGUAGCAAAUAAAUAAAUAA